AUGUAUGUACCAAGUUAUUUCGUUGGAUCAUCCUCGUAUUGGCAUAAAGUUGGAGAAAAAGCAUUUAUAUUAGCAUCUGUUUAUGGUCCACCAACUUUCUUUUUAACAAUUACGUGUAACCCUUAUUGGGCGGAAAAUAUAGCCUGGAACUCUGCAACAUCUCAAAAUCAAAAGCAGAAAAAAACAUUGAUGGAUAAUUCUGCCUCAAUUAGCAGAAUUUAUCACAUUAAGAAGAAAAAAUUGUUGUCAUGGUUAAAAGAGACAAAACUAUUAGGCGAAAUCUCUGCGUAUUUUGGACGAGACGAAUACCAGCAGCGAGGACUGCCCCAUACUCAUUUUUUACUUUGGACGGAUUUUGAUGUAACUAAUAUUCAUAAAUUAAAUCAGAUAAUAAGCGCAUCAUUUCCUGAUAAUGAUGUUGUUUUUUCUAAUAUUGAUAAAAUGUCUGAUUUAUAUGCACUUACACUCAAAAUUCAAGUCCAUGUCUGCAAUAAGAAUUAUUGUUUGGAUUCAAAUGGGCAUUGCAGAUUUCAGUUUCCAUAUGCUCCUUCAAAUGAAACAGUAUUCAGAAAUAAGAAAUUUUAUUGGAUGAGAUCACCAAAUUCACAAUGGGUUGUACCUCACUGUCCUCAAAUUCUAAUGAGAUUCCGAGCUCAUUCUGAAAUUGAAGCUAUUCCCAGUGAUCAAGCAAUUGGCUACAUGGUAAAAUAUGUUGCUAAAAAUGCAGAAUCACAUGAGAUUUCAAUGCAAGAUUACCACAAAUAUAAAGGUAACAAUUACUUAUUAAAUAAUAAACUAUAUUCAUAUGGAGCAAAUUUAACUGUACCUGCUUCAUUUUGCUUUUCUUAUCUUGCAGGAUAUAAGCAACAAAUCAUAUCUCCCACAGUUAUUAUAUUAUCAAUUCACCUCCCUGAUGAAAGAUGGAUUAGUACUAAACCUAAUACAACUGAAGAAGAAGCUGCAAAAAAGAUGGAAGCUUCAUUAAGCACACCGCAAAUAUAUUUUAAUAGGCCACACACGGAAGAGUGUGAUUCUCUCACAAUAUGUGAAUUUAAUUCUCUUUAUUAUAAAGUUACAAGAAACGAAAAAGAUGAUUCCGCUGAUGAAAAUAAUCAACUUGAUUUUAAGAAAAGAGAAAAAGAAGCUGUAUGUUCUCUUAAAACAGUUCCUUUUGCCAAUCUCGAAUUAUUUUGUUUACGCUUAAUUUUCAUGUAUUUUGCAGCAAGAAGUUUUGAUGAUUUUCUAUCAUUUGAAGGAGAAAAAUUUUCAUGCUAUGCAGAAGUAGCUAAAAAGAUUGGUUUAAUUAGAGAUAAUGAUAGAUAUGAAAUUUCAAUGCAAGAGGCUGUAAAUCAAAGAAGAUCUCCAGCUGAAUUAAGAUUUAUGUUUGCUUUAUUAUGCAAAAAUGGAGGACCUUUUAAUGAUUUACUAAAUAAAUUUAAAGAGCAAUUAAAGGAUAAUGGCCAAUCAGAUGAAUCUUUGAUGAAAUAUCUUGGACAAAUGUUCAUAAAUGUCCACGCUGAUAUACCAAAAGAAUUAAAUAAUUACCCAGAUUUUCCUUACUUUUACCACUCCCCAUGUAAUUUCUGGGGAAAACGAUAA